AUGACUAGCCGUCCCCCUUCUCAUUCUUUGCAUGAUACCGUUUAUCUUCAGACCGUUCUCGGCGCUUUUGACCGCGAUCACACCCAGUAUCUUUACAUCAUCUACACCGUUCUCUCUUUCGAUCUCAGUGUCAUUUGGUGGUUCCCAGCCUCUAUCUCUGAACAGAAACCAAAACGAACAAACGAAUACGCCUGCAACUCAAUCAUCAGAGACAUAUAUACCGCAGAAACUUGUCAUCGGCGCCUUCUUCGUGAUAUUCCUUGCGCAGGUGGGCGCCAACGUCUUGCAAACGAUGCGAGGCAAUCGACGGCGAAGGCAAGCGAUGGAGCUGCAAUUUCCACAACCUCUACCUCAGCUUAA